UUAAGUAGAUUUUUGAAUAUGGAAUACUGAUAUGCAUGGGGGGAAUGUUGAUGUAUUCUUCUCUGUUUUUUUGACAAGAUGCCAGUGAUACUUGUAUAUAAUCUUAAUGUUUUUAAACUGAAAUGGUUCUUAAUCAAUUCAUACUAAUCAAUCUGUGUUUAUUUUAUAUUUUUUUCCUAGCUACGGGGUACAAACAUGGAUCGUCUGAAGAUUCGCUUUUCCAGUAAGCGUUUUACAGAAGUAAUUGAUUCUCUCUCAGAAGAUCAAAAAGCUUUUGUUGUUAAGAAUGGAUUUCAUAAUCUUUUGGCUGUUCGGAAGUUCAGUGUACCUCUCCCUCUGCUGGAAUGGGUCAUGGGCCAGGUUAUUGUAGAUCACUGUGAGUUUAAGCAUAGAACCAAGUCUUUCAAGCUCACCAAAUUUAUGGUUCAUCAAAUGCUGGGAAUUCCUUCCGGAGACAUCCCAAUUGUUCUUCAUAACCCUGCCCCCAAGAUACGUGACCAAGUUGCUCAGCAUACUUCUUUGUCUAGGCAUGGUGCUAAACUUUCAAUUGCCGAAGCUGUUGCUAAACUUCUUGAUGACCAUGUUGAGGAUUCUUUUAUGAUGAUGUUCAUGCUUGUGGCCCUUUCUACUAUCAUUUGCCCGUCCACUCAGAAUUUUGUUAACAUGAGUUAUCUCCCCUUUAUCUGUGAUGUUGAUGGAAUUAAACAAUAUGAUUGGUAUUCUCACAUUCUGAACUAUAUGUUAUCUGAGGUUAAGAAAUAUCAGGGUUUUAUUUCUUCCAAAGAUGAGGGGAAAAUAUACGUUGGGUCCUGCCUGCCUCUUAUUGUUAUUGCUUACAUGGAUUCCCUUGACAUGACUCGUCAUUAUGCUAAUCAUCGUACUUUUGUGUAUGAUGUUCCAAGAUUUUGCAACAUAUCAUCUGAUGAUUUCAUGUUUGUGGCUAAUGUGGAUAGAGAUUUGUCAAACCCUGGUCGCCCUUCUUAUGGCAUCAUCGGGUUUCGUCCUUUCUCAUGCUCUCCAUAUUUUGAGGCCUCUGCUAGUGUUGAAUCCUCUGCAACUCGUAACUCUAUUGAUUCAGAUCAUAUUUCAGACUCAUCGCAACAGUCGUUUCAAAUCUUACCAAGCAUUCAAGGUUUAAUUGAGAAGCAUUGUGAUCUACUGAAGUCUGAUGUGUCUGAUGGCAUUCUUCAACAAGGGCAAACCGUUUAUUCUGAUAUUCCAGCUUAUCUUCGCCCUGCUUUCUACAAUCGUUUGUCAUUGCUUUCUGCUGAUAUACUGUCCUGCCUUCCUUCACCCAACUGUGCUAUUGUAUCCGAUGACAUUGGUAACAAUGACAAUGUUCUAGCAAACAAGGAUUCAACUUUUUCAUCUGCGCAAUCUCUGAGAAAUGAACAUGUCACACUUGAAAAGGAUAUCAGCAAUGAUGAUAUUAACUAUGCAUCUUCUCCUAUUGCACAACAAAGUUCAUGUCCUUUUAUUCCAGAAUCAAUCAGUAGCCCUAUUCAUUCAGUUUCCGAAGGAAGAGUUUGUGGUACUCCAGCUCAUCAAAUUUGUGUUAAUCCUACAUCGAUAAUCAAUUCUGUUCUUGCUGACAUUACACAUGCAAAUACACCAGAGUUGAGUUCUAAAACUGGUUAUGAUUCUGAAGCAUGUAUUGAUUGUUCUCAAACUAUUUCCAAAGUUAAUGGUAAAAGGAAUCGGAGAAUGGGUUCUAGUACUAUUGACAGGAAGCAAAGAAAGAAAAGAGCAGCUAUUCCUAUAGAUGAUGGGCAGGACUGUGUCAAAAUAAAGUUAACUCAUCAAAUGGAAUGCUCUUAUAUCAAAUAUGUUCGUUUGAAUCACUUUGCCGAAAAUGAUGAACAACUCCCUACUUUCAUCUCUAUUUCUGGUUUUCAGUGCUCUUAUGAUUCAUUUCGUCUCUCCCUUCAGCCUAGAGGCUUUGUGGACAAUGAUCUGAUGUCAGUUUAUGUGCAACUCUUCAAUCAUGAGCAUAAGCAUAUUUCUGGAGGUCGCUUUGAUCGUAACAAAAUUGCUUUCACCCCCUUCUUAGUGGACAAACUCGCAGUUGAUUAUAAGACAUAUGUCCUUCAGUCUACCGAACCUGAGCUUACUAGGAUAAGUCAAGAAAUGGAAAUGUCUAGUGCUGACUUGCUUUUGUUCCCUUUGAUAUUGAAUGAUCAUUGGAUUCUUAUAUGCAUCAAUUACUUGGCCAAGGAAGUUCAGGUGCUUGAUCCCGCAAUACGUGUGUCUGAAUCUGUGCUCCCCUACAAUUCACUGAAACAUGUCGUAGAUAAUGUGGUUUUGAACUUCCAAAGAACAUGUAGUGUUGCAGAAAUAUUUGACAGAGAUUUCCUGAAAUACACAUUCCAAGUACCAAGAUGUCCUAAACAUAGCAGCUCAAUGUUCCAAAAGUUUGAUUCUGGCAUAUUUGUGAUGAUGCUAAUGUACCAUUGGAAUGGAUCAUUUGCCAAGAAGUUUGCUCAUCUUGAUGCGUCUAAAUUUCGGAAGUUCAUUGCUCACAAGUUGAUGACCUCAGACCUCAAUGAAGCUGCUGAUCAUUCUACUCCACUAGAAGAAGUGGCAAACUAA